UUACUGAAACCAAUGGAACAAAUUAUAUUGCUCUUUCCCUCCCUAUACUCAUCACUUACAUUAUUAAGUACCUUCUAUAUAAUUAUUAAUACCAUCUCAUUUUAUAUCGCUUAUCCAGAUUUUUCUCUUCAUGCUCCACUUCAACUUCAACUUCAUCUUGUAACUUCUGCCACUCUUUCCUGUCAUUAGAUUAUAUUCACUUGUACUUUUUCUACCUAAUAUUCUCAGAUCCCUUAAUUUUUUGCCACAACAAUUUUUAUUUGUUCAGGGCAUAACCAAAUUCUUGCUAUGAACAAAAAGGAGAUCACAGGAUCAUGUGCGGUUAAACUCGAUGAGAAAUCGAGCACCUUGUAUCCUAUGCUUAUUGGGGUUUCAUGUGCACUCUUUUCCUUCAAACACUUGUUAAAUCGAACUGAAACCACACAUGAAAUGGUUGGCCUCAUGGGUUUGCUUCUCUGGAGAGUUGAGAGAGAAGAACAAUUCAAUUCCGAGAAGGGUGAGCUUUUAGAUAAGCUCAACAAUGCAGAAACCGAGAUCAAAGAGUUAAAAAGAAGGCGAGUUGAAGAUGCAAAAGCCAAUGAGAAAGUUGUUGGCAUCUUUGCAUCACAUGAACAAAGAUGGCUAAUGGAAAAGAAGAAACUUACACAACAAAUUCGUCUUCUUGUGAAAGAAUUACAAGUUAUCAACACAAAGAGAGAAGAAGACAUAUCCGAAUUACGCAGUCAGCUACAAGAGAAAGAUGAGUUGUUGGAGGAAGAGAAAGGUAGGAGGAAAGAGCAUGAAGAAACUGUAAAGAAGGUUGAGAAAAUGAAUCAAGUGUUGAGAGAAACGUUAAAACGUGAAGCUCAAGAGCAUUCGAAAGAGAUUUGGAAGCAUAAAAGUGCAUUUAUUGAGCUAGUAUCAACCCAAAGGCAGCUUGAAGCAGAGAUGGGUAGGGCUGUUAGACAAGUUGAAGCAGAAAAACAAGAGCUUGAUGCAGUCUUAGAGCAAAAAGAGGAGUAUGUAUUGAUGACACAGAAGUUGUCAAUGGAACUUAUCAAAACACGCAAGGAUUUGGAGCAGAAAGACAAGAUCUUGUCAGCCAUGCUCAGGAAAUCUAAAAUGGAUUUGGCUGAGAAACAAAUGUUAUUGAAACAAGUCAAAUUGUCAAAGAGUAAAAGACAGCAAGCUGCUGUACAAACCCGAUAUGAGAAAUACUCGCUGAGAAGUAUGCUAUCUAGAAAUCACAAAACCAAACUGCCAACCAGCAAUUGGCAUGAAUUAGAGGAAGAGCAAGACACUGCUUCUCCCCUUUCUCAACAACCCAUCACAGAAGCAACCGACGAAUUGGCAGAUAUGAGACAAUUGGAAGGGUGGGUUCAAUGUGAAGCUGAGAAAUAUGUAAGUGUCGUGGAGGAAAGGCAUCAACUUGAGGUGAAUGCUUUUGCAGAACAAUUGAGACUCAAAGAUGAGAAACUAGAAGCUUUUCGUUGGCAUUCAGUGAGUACGGAUAUCGAAUUGAAACGACUUCAAUCUCAAAUUGAAGGACUUACCCAUGAUCUAACAAAGCUCAAAGAACAAAACCAUAAAGUUGAAGCAUUGUUACUGGAGCGUGAAUCAGAAUUGCAUUCCUUGAAAGAGCAAAUGGAAUCAGAAUCAUAUCUCAGAACGCAAUCUAUAAAUCAUGAUCAAGAAGUUUGCUUAGAAGAAAUCUCAGAGGAAAACUCAUUGAAAGAUACAGUGUUGACAGUCCAAUCUCCUGAUAAGGAAUUUGAAGAUAACAAGAAUACAUCUAUGGAUAUAAUUUCGGUUGGUGAAGAAUGUGGGGUGAAAAAAGAUAUUCAAAGUGGUGGUGAAUGCAUAUCAGCAACAAUAUGGAAGAUGGAUCUUCAUGCUCUUGGGGUGUUCUACAAGAUCAAGAGGCUUAAUCAACAACUUCUCAUGUUCGAGAGGCUGACCGGAAAGCAAGAAAGUUGUGAGAAUAGCAAACGUGAUGACAAGAGUCAGUUUUCUAGCCUCAUGUGUUUGGUCAAUAAACAAGUCAACAGAUACCAGUCUCUCCAAGACAAGGCUAAUGAUAUCUGCAAAAGAAUGUAUGAGAAUGAUCGAGAUGCAAGCAGCAGGGGAUGUAUAGCUGCAAAAUCGAAGGAAGAAACUAAGAAAUUGGAGCACUUUCUUGAAGAAACAUUCCAGUUGCAGAGGUACAUAGUUGCAACAGGGCAGAAAUUGAUGGAGAUACAGUCCAAGAUUGCUUCUGGUGUUGAAGAUGAUGCCAGUUUUGACAUGAAGAAAUUUGCUGAUUGCCUUCGAACCCUUUUUAGGGAAGUCCAAAGAGGUUUAGAAGUUAGAAUAUCUCGAAUCAUAGGGGACCUUGAGGGCCCACUUGCGUGCGAUGGAAUGAUAUAUCCAAGAAAUUAGUUAUUUGAUUUGUCAUAGCAUAUUGCUGAAGAACAUUGAGUAUGUAUAGGAAAGUGUUUACCUGAAUUUUGUAUAGGGAAAUAAACAGAUUUUGAUGAUGAAUUAUAGAAAGAUUGAGCUUCAUUAAAAAAAAUAUAUAUAUUUUUAUGCUCCUAGUGCCUUUUGUAUGGCUGAGAGUAGUGCAUUACAUACAGUCAGAAUAUU